ACACAAACACGCACUAAAUAUAUACGUACGAAUUUUGUAUGUAAUCCCCAGAAAGCCAUAUAUAAAUAGGAGAUAUAUAUAGAGAGAGACACAACAUUGUCCAUUGUAAACGGAGGAGGAGAGAGACAAAUCCACAAAACGGCUCCUUCCUCCCCACUCUCCCAAAUUCUCCUCUAACUUGCGUUGGUUGGUUUUUCUGGGUAGUUUUUUAACUGUAAUUUAAGGCUAUUUUGAAGAUCUCUGUGUGUGUUUGUGUGUUUUUUUUUAAUAUAGGCCAUUGAUAGAGCAAUUGGCAUUCUGGGGGUGUUUGAAUUCUAUUUGGGUCCUCAUAAUGCCUCAUGAAUAUUACUAUACUUCCAAAAAGACCGAUGACUUUUGUCAAGAAAUCUGUGGCAAGGAUUCAUCACGGGCUGCAUUGUUGACGAGACUUCGGUGCAUGCUGCAUGGGAUAGACUUCAGGCUUUUCAUCUUGUUGUUUUUGAUUUUUCCAUUAAGCAUCAUUGGAAUAUAUGUUCAUGGCCAAAAAAUUACGUACUUUUUGCGUCCGCUCUGGCAGUCUCCCCCUAAACCCUUCAUCGAUGUUCCUCACUACUACAAUGAAAAUGUGACUAUGGAGACACUUUGUAGCCUUCAUGGUUGGGGAAUACGUGAAUAUCCUCGGCGAGUAUACGAUGCAGUUUUGUUCAGUAACGAAGUUGAUAUGUUGACAAUCAGAUGGAAGGAGCUGUAUCCUUAUAUUACUCAAUUUGUUCUUCUUGAAUCAAAUUCAACAUUUACAGGGUUGCCUAAGCCUUACUAUUUUUCUAAUCACCGGGGUCAGUUUAAAUUUGUUGAGCCACGGUUAACUUAUGCAACAAUAGGGGGAAGAUUCAGGAGAGGUGAAAACCCAUUUGUGGAAGAAGCAUAUCAGAGGGUAGCAUUAGACCAACUUCUCAGGAUCGCAGGUAUAGAGGAUGAUGAUUUAUUGCUUAUGUCUGAUGUUGAUGAGAUCCCAAGUAGCCACACAAUUAAUUUAUUAAGGUGGUGUGAUGAAAUCCCCCCUGUUAUCCACCUUGAACUGAAGAACUACUUGUACUCUUUCGAGUUUCAACUUCAGCACAAAAGUUGGAGAGCUUCAGUUCACAAGUACGAGAAGGGCAAGACUAGGUACGCACAUUAUCGUCAAAGUGAUCUUCUAUUGGCAGAUUCAGGUUGGCAUUGCAGCUUUUGUUUCCGUCUUAUUAGUGAUUUUAUAUUCAAGAUGAAAGCUUACAGCCAUACUGAUCGAGUAAGGUUUUCUCAUUACCUGAACCCUGAAAGAAUCCAAUCUGUCAUUUGCAAUGGAUCUGAUCUUUAUGACAUGCUUCCUGAGGAGUACACAUUUAAGGAUAUUAUAGCGAGAAUGGGGAAUAUUCCACAUUCUUAUUCAGCCGUUCAUCUACCUUCUUACAUUCUGGAAAACGCUGAUAUGUACAGAUAUCUUUUACCCGGGAACUGUAUAAGAGAGAGUGGUUGACUUCUAUAGCUUUCUGUUAGAGCAGUAGAAAGAACUUUCUUGAUUUUGGAGAUGCAGGCUCGAUGUUCACCAAAGCAUACGAGGGACAAUCUCCAUACUUGAUCUCUGCAGUGCAGCCAUUAACAUGGAAAAGUAGGCACUUCUUUGAGGAGAUGCUGGGAAGGCUCGGGGAUCUGGCAUGCGAGAUGUGGUUCUUGGCGCUCAAGUUCGGGUAAAACUUUGUGAUGGACAUCUUGGGUUGAGGCAUCUCCUUUUAGCUAGUUCUGCGCCCGUUGUUUUUGUAUGAUAGUUAUGGGAGAUAAAAUAUAAAUUUUAGAUUAAAUAACAUCUCUUGGGCUUCUUUUUUAUGCUGCUGGGGUGAGAAUCUGUCUUGUUUUCUUUUACCUCUUACAAAUUUAUUUUUAUAUCCAUUGCGCAUC